AUGUCAGAUGGUUAUAAACAGGGUUUGCCUCAUCAGUGCGGAGAUGUAGCCGGACCUGGUAUUGUGGGUCGUGAUUUAAGUGAGCGACAAACCUCCAAUUGCCACGAAUGCUGCUCAACAGACGUCUGUAAUUCUUACCUUUGCAAACAUCAGAAACCCACAACGUGUAUUGACGAUGAAUCAGUGGACUGUGCAAAGAUGAAUUCAUUGUUCCAAAUUUGUCAGAAUACCCAUCAGGCUAGUUUGGUUUGUCCAAAGUUUUGUCACCUUUGUAACUUAGUGGAUGGAAAUUGGGCUCAAUGGUCGUUAUGGUCCAGAUGUGACGUCACGAGUGAUAAAGGGGUCCAGACAAGAUCUCGCACGUGCACAAAUCCUGCACCAGUAAAUGGAGGACACGAUUGCCCAGGUGGCGCUUCUGAAACUAAAGUUUGUCAGGAUGUCUGUCCAGGUAGAUGUCAAGCAUAUGCCAUUCUUGUCUUGGCGUGUCAUAAUGUAUUAUGUUUAUGGGAGAAUGUUUGUGCCUGUUUCUUUCCAUUUUCAGUGUACGGGGGAUGGAGCAAGUGGUCAUCUUGGGGUUCUUGCUCUGUCUCUUGUGACGUUGGCAUGCAGCGUCGAGACCGAUCAUGUUCGAAUCCCUACCCAAGUCAUUCAGGUGAUCAUUGCUUCGGGGAAUCAAGAGAUGACAGAAUUUGUACACCCAGAGCUUGUUCUGAUGGAAAUUGGUCAAGCUGGGGUAGCUGGGAAGCGUGCAGUGAAAGCUGCGGAGGAGGAGUGAGAAGUCGACCGCGAACUUGCACAAACCCGAGACCGUCUUUGGUUGGACGAUAUUGUGACGGCAGUCCAGAACAGGUUACAUCUUGUAACAACAAGCCAUGUCCAGUUCAGACAGUGUUCUUCACUGCAAACAGCAUCAUUAGGGGUUCAAAUCCACUCAUAUUCUCGACCGUACUCUACAAUGACGGUGGCGGAUACAAUAGCUCGACUGGAAAAUUUACUUGUCCGCUCGCAGGCGUUUAUAACAUUGCAACUACUCUUACCAAGGAAUGGUUUUAUCCUACUGGGUGGGUUACUUGUUUUAUAAACAUUAACUCGAGUGAAAAGAUUGGGGGAGAUAAUAGGCCAUAUAACACAGAUGAAAAGAAAGGCUCAUAUACGGAAACCUUAGUUGGUACCUUCUAUUUAGCUAAGAAUGACAUUGUGUAUAUUCAUUGCAAUAGGGUAAAUAACAGGUCUCAGACCAGACCAGCUUAUGCUACAAAAUAUAAUAUGGGCUUAAAUGAAAUCGGGGUCGUUCUUGCUUUGAGUUAUAUGAGUGUUGUUCCGCCGGCAGAAUCGCUCAGUUGUUACUCCUGUCAAACUAUAGAUGAUCCACUAACUUGUAACAAGACCGCUACUUGCUCCGGUACACAGGUAUGCUUCCAAGAGGUAAAAGGUGGAAUCUAUAACAUGGGAUGCAUUGAGGAUCACCAAUGUGGAGGUGUAGCUGGACCUGGCAUCGUUGGACGGGAUUUAGCUGAGCGGCAACUCUCAAGUUGUCAUGAAUGUUGUUCAACUGAUGGCUGUAAUUCCGAUAUCUGCAAACACUCAAAACCCAGCACGUGCGUAGACGAUGAAUCAGUUGACUGUGCAAGGAUGAAUUCUUUGUUUCACGUUUGUCAAGAUGUUCAUCAGGCUAGUCUAGUGUGCCCAAAGUUUUGCCAUCUAUGUACUUUAGUGGAUGGAAAUUGGGCAGAGUGGUCACCAUGGUCUGGAUGUGAUGUGACUUGUGGAAACGGGAUUCAAACUAGAUCGCGCACGUGUACAAAUCCAGCACCAGCUAAUGGCGGGCUUGAUUGCUUGGGCAGUGCUGCUGAAACAAAAGUUUGUCAGAAGGAACUUUGCCCAGUUCAUGGUGCUUGGAGCAUCUGGACAGCCUGGGGUUCGUGUUCAGUCUCGUGUGGCGUUGGAAUUCAACGUCGAGAUCGAUCAUGUUCGAAUCCCUACCCUAGUCGUGCAGGUGAUCAUUGCUUCGGGGAGUCACGAGAUGACAGAAUUUGUAUUCCCGGAGCAUGCGCAGAUGGUGGGUGGUCGAGCUGGGGUAGUUGGGGAACAUGUAGUGCAAGUUGCGGAGAUGGAAUGCAAAGUCGAUUACGAACUUGUACGAAUCCGAGACCGUCUCUGCUAGGACGAUAUUGUGACGGUAGUCCAGAACAGGUUACUAUGUGUAAUAAUAAGCCAUGUACAGAUGGUGGGUGGUCGAGCUGGGGUAGUUGGGGAACAUGUAGUGCAAGUUGCGGAGAUGGAGUGCAAAGUCGAUUACGAACUUGUACGAAUCCGAGACCGUCUCUGCUAGGACGAUAUUGUGACGGUAGUCCAGAACAGGUUACUAUGUGUAAUAAUAAACCAUGUCCAGUCGUAGCAUUUACUGCAAUUGGGGCAAGCGGUUCGAGUCCACUGAUAUUCCCAACAGUACUCUACAAUGACGGCAGUGGCUACAGCAGCAACACUGGAAAAUUUACCUGUCCGCUGGCGGGAAUUUAUAACUUUGCAGCUACUAUCACAAAGAAUUAUGGCGAUGAUAUAAGUUAUAUCAAUUGUGUAUUAAACAUAAACUCAAUCAUAAAGGUAGGGGGUUACAGUGAUCCGUAUGGCAGUAAUGGCGAUAAGGGCGCAAACUUUGUGAUGAUUUCUGGUACCUUCCACCUAAACAGAAAUGACGUUGUCUAUAUUGGUUGUGAGCAUGAUGCUAGUCAUCUCCAUGGUAGCUAUUAUUCUUCAUUUACUGGAUUCUUAGUUACACCUGAUAAUUGCCGUGUUCAGGAAAAGCUUGUAGAUACAGCAGCUCCCCGAAAUCUGAUCACUUCCAGUAACAACUGGCCGGAUUCAGAUAAGUCUGUAGAUGUUUGGACGGUAGUCUCAAAAGUAUUAACUUCCCGUAAAGCACAAGCCAUGGGCUCGUGUGAAUUGGCGACUCUUCUUAUUCUGAUACGCAUAUUUGUUGUUCCAGCAGAAUCACUGAUUUGUUUCUCGUGUCAAACUAUUGAUGAUCCGCUUACUUGCAACAAGACAAGUACAUGCAUUGGAACACAGGUAUGCUUCCUUGAUGUACAAAAUGGAAUUUACAAGAUGGGAUGCAUAGAAGAUCAGCAAUGCGGAGGUAUAGCCGGACCCGGUAUUGUUGGACGGGAUUUAGUUGAGCGGCAGUCAUCCAAUUGCCACGAAUGUUGUUCAACUGACGCUUGCAAUUUUGACCUAUGCAAACACCAAAAGCCUACAGCAUGCGUUGAUGAUGAAACAGUUGACUGUGCCAAAAUGAAUUCUUUGUUCCAUGUCUGCCAAGAUAUUCACCAGGCUAAAUUGGUGUGCCCAAAGUUUUGUCACCUAUGUACCUUAGUGGAUGGAAAUUGGGCUCAGUGGUCACCAUGGUCCGGAUGUGACGUAACAUGUGGUAAUGGCGUCCAAACAAGAUCUCGCACGUGCACACAUCCAGCACCAGCCAAUGGCGGACUUGAUUGUUCUGGAAAUGGUACUGAAACAAAAGUUUGCAAGAAGGACGUUUGUCCAGUCCACGGAGGAUGGAGCACGUGGUCCUCUUGGGGUUCUUGUUCGGUCUCAUGCGACGUUGGCAUGCAACGUCGAGAUCGAACAUGUUCGAAUCCAUACCCAAGUUUAACAGGAGACCACUGUUUUGGGUCAUCAAUAGAAGACCAAAUCUGUAUGCCCGGAGCUUGUUCUGAUGGUAACUGGUCGAGCUGGGGUAGUUGGGGAGCAUGUAGUACGAGUUGUGGGAACGGUGUACAAAGCCGAUUGCGAUCUUGUACAAAUCCUAGACCGUCUCUGCUUGGGCGAUAUUGUGAUGGAAGUCCAGAACAUAUCGCUUCCUGUAAUAAAAAGCCAUGCCCAGCCCUAAAAGUAGCGUUUACUGUGGUUUCACCGAGGGUUGAUUCAAGUUUAGUCCGAUUCACAUAUGUGCACUACAAUAAAGGUGGUGGUUACAAUAGCUCCACUGGAAAAUUCACCUGUCCUCACGCAGGCGUUUAUAACUUUGCAGCAACUAUUACAAAGGACAGUACGAGUGUAGAUUCUCUUCGUUGUUAUUUGUACUUAAACGUACAGGUAAAAGUAGCAGCAUUUGAAUCCUCUCAUAACAAAGAUGAGUCUUAUUCUGUGACGAUGUCAGGUACCUUCCAUUUAAACAUAAAUGACAAUGUCUUUGUUUUGUGUGAGGCAGGAUAUACGGCCAUAUCUAUUGGUGUUUUUUCCUCAUUUACAGGAUUUUUAGUAUCACCGGAUUAUUGAAUAUUCUUCAAAUCGGUGUCCGCACGCAGCGAAAGCUGAUAAUACAGCAUGGAUAUAUUUCUAUAUUUUAUUUGAUUUUCAGUUUCAAUUUGUAACAAACGAGUUGAAAUAAUUGCAGAUAUUACCGAAAUACUGUUCACAUUUUAAAGAUUGUUUGCGCAUUUUUUAAAUUUAUACAGAAUAACGACGAACGUCAAUUAAAUACUAAUAAUUGUGUCUUAAAUUGACUGAUUGUGGUAAACUGUUAUUAAUUCUUCUUCAUAUUUUAUGUAAAAACUUAUAUUGUUGGUAUUUAUCAAUCUAUCUCAAAUAAAGAUAAC